GCAAAUCAUUCUCUUAUUUACCAGAAAAUCGAACACAAACUAUAUACAUUCAAUAUAUAUAUACAGUCCUUGUACGUUGCCCCAAUACAAGAUGGAUAGUCUUACUCAUGUUCAUCUUAUGAUCUCACAGCAGCAUUGGAUAAAUACCUCUCGUGACUUAGCAAAACCAAUACCCAACCUUACGACAUGAGCUUUCAACUCUCUAUAGCAAUCUUUGGCUCAGGUAUCUCCGAGCCUGCCCACUGGGGAUUCUGCAUCCAUAUUCCAGGGGAAAUGGAGGGCGAGCUCCUCCAUGUUAGGGUGAUUGAUGUGCGACUCAAUAUAUUCCAAUUCGAGCCUCGGAUCCCACACGAUUUGGAAUCCCAGACUGCGUUUGGCCUGUGCAAAUUAAGAAACCUCAAUUCAGCGGAGCGCUCCAAGGUGGCUUCAAUACUGGCACAGGAGCCGGCACCAAGGGGUGGAAAGGAAAAUUGCCAGAAUUGGGUGGUAGACGCGUUGGUCGCACUGGAAGUGGAAGAGCUCGUCCCAGACGGAACGGCAGAUAUUUGGAAUUCAAGGAUUGGCAAGGAAUCUGAUGACAUCAAAGCAGAUGUUGAGGAUGACUACUGGUUCCCAUUAAAUGAGAGGUGAAUGUUAUUAUACAGGAGAGUAGCGCAUCAUUGACAGAUCAACCUCCUCCAUCAUCUUGUGUUCUUCUGGAAAGUAGGGAAUGGAAGAAUGGAUGAUAUCAACCCACUCUUUGCCCGUAGCAAUCCGCCUAGCAGCAAAGAACUCCCUCUCUGCGAGACUGUACCCAGCCUCA